AUGAGGAUGAUGCAUAGAGGAUGGAAAGCACUGGCAUUGGCUACGGCGACACUGGCUGUUUCAGGUCUGGCCCAAGCUAAACAGGUGAUUUGCGUAUUUGAUCUGGUCGGUAAAAACGGUGAUGUCUAUAGUGUGAUGAAAGACUAUCAGUUGGCGGCCAAAAACUGGGGAGCAGAUGUCGAACUGCGAGUAAAUACCAAUGAAGCCGUGGUUGCAGAAGAUUUUAAAGCUGGAAAAUGUGACGGGAUUAGUGUGACCGGUAUGCGUGGCCGACAAUUUAACAAGUUUACCGGUUCUCUGGAUGCAAUUGGGGCUAUCACCGAUCUGAAUCUAGCGGUUAAAGUCAUGCAGGGCCUGGCCAGUCCCACCUUCGCCAAACAAAUGCUGCAAGGUAAAUAUGAAAUUGUCGGCGUGAUUCCGGUGGGGGACGCUUAUCUGCUGGUGAAUGACCGCAGUAUCAAUACUGUUGCCAAAGCA